AAAUACAUAAAUAAGAUGUCUGCUGUCAACCCAUAGACAAUAAGUCAGCCAGUGAGCCAAAGGGCCAAAUAAAGAACCAUGCCAGAUUGCAGCCCCUGUCCAACCCAGAGCAGGCCCUGACUAAGACCUUCAAGCUGCUCCACUCUGCCUCUGAUGACUGGUGAGCAUUCACUGUAGACAAGACCAAUGGAGCUAGGCUAAAGGAAGCACAGUGUAGUGUCCUUGGAAAUGUAGAUUUGAGCUACAGAGUGUAGAAACUUCUGAAAUUAAGAGACCAGAGUCCUAAUUGAUGAACAUCAUUAUAAUGUUUUUUGAAAAUGUUGUGUAAAAUGCUUACGUUACUUUCACUGAAUUGCAGGGAGAAGAAGAUCGAGGGCUUGACCUCUCUCCGUGUGAUGGCUCAGAACCACAUGGACAUACUGAUGCCUAAACUCCAUGAUGUCUGCCUUGCCAUUAUAAAUGAAGUGAAGAACCUGCGCUCUGCAGUGUCCUGUGCUGCCAUGGCCACACUGGGUGACAUGUACGUCCACCUCCAGAGGGCCAUGGACAGUGAGGUGGAGGGGACGGCACGCGUGCUGCUGCACAAAGCCAGCGAGGCCAACGCCUUCAUCCGGCAGGGCGCCAACUUUGCCCUGGGUCACAUGGUGCAGAGCUGCACCCCUACACGUGUCAUGAAUGCCCUGCUGGUCGGUGGGCUGAGCCACCGUAACGCUGCGGUGAGGAGCUGUACUGCUCAGCACCUGGAGAGACUGGCUGAGGUCAUGGGGACGGCUCGUCUCCUGUCGGGGAAGAAAGACCUCACUGACCGUUUCUUGAUUGCCGUCAGUAAACUGGCUGUGGACCCUUCACAGGAAGUCAGGCAUCAUGGUCGCAAUAUCUUGUGCAACAUGGCCACCAAUGGCGAUUUUCCUAAAAUGUGGGACAAAUUCGCUCCGAGGAAAGAGAGAGAAUCCUUGAGGGAGGUCAUCUCAAAGGUUAACCUCAAAGAAAGGAAUAUCUGAAUCAUCCCCAACUUGACUAUAUAUUUGUAUGUAAAUAUUUGCACAUUUCCCAACUUGACUAUUAUCCCCUCCAGUCCCCAAACUCCAAUAUUUUCUCUCAUUCUAAGAAAUUUGACACUAUCAUCCAACCCCCAUGUAAAUGCAUCUUUAAACUGCAUUGACUCCUUGUCCAAGUCCUGAAUCCACUAUAAGGCCAUAUGAACCACAUUCAAAGCACUAAAUUACCUUUCCUCGAAGCUCCUAUCUGAUCUACCAGCUCAAUAGUGGUCUACUGAAACCAUACUCACCAUCUCAGGGGGUGCUCAGAUCAUCAACCACUGACCUCCACACCAUCCUCAAAACCAGCAGUCCUCUUUUGGAGACUGAUUGGUCAGUGCUCCUGUAUGGCACCAACAUUGUGGAUUUUCAUCCAAUACUUCUGGACUAUGGGAACAUUCUUUGGACAAUAAAAUGAGGUAAAAUGGAAGCUGGCUACAGUCUCAGUUUUAUCCUCCAAGACAGUGUGAGGAUGUGUAACAACAAUACCUGUGGUUUAACUUGAUGACCAGGGCCAGAUUACCGAAUGGGCACACAGGGCACCUGCCCUGUGGGCCCCGACCUCCAGGGAAUAUCAUCAUAACAUCCAAAACAAAAAAAAUUGUGGAUGUAUAUUACAGAGGGGUGCGUCACUUGAGUAGGUUGAGUCACUGACGUGAUCUUCCUGUCUGGGUUGGCGCGCCCUUUUGGGUUGUGCCGUGGCGGAGAUCUUUGUGGGCUAUACUCGGCCUUGUCUCAGGAUGGUAAGUUGGUGGUUGAAGAUAUCCCUCUAGUGGUGUGGGGUUAUAUCCUUCCUGUUUGGCCCUGUCCGGGGGUAUCAUCAGAUGGGGCAACAGUGUCUCCUGACCCCUCCUGUCUCAGCCUCCAGUAUUUAUGCUGCAGUAGUUUAUGUGUCUGGGGGCUAGGGUCAGUUUGUUAUAUCUGGAGUACUUCUCCUGUCUUAUCCGGUGUCCUGUGUGAAUUUAAGUAUGCUCUCUCUAAUUCUCUCUUUCUCUCUCUCUCUCUCUCUCUCUCUCGGAGGACCUGAGCCCUAGGACCAUGCCUCAACUCUCUAGAGAAAGCAGGAGUGGUGGAGAUACUCUUAAUGAUCGGCUAUGAAAAGCCAACUGACAUUUACUCCUGAGACCCCACACUCAUCGCUAGAGAUCGAACUUCAGACUCCCUCCAAAACCACUGAACCCCUCAACACACCGAAAGAGAUUACGAUAUACCCCCUUAGAGGGAGCCGGAACAGGAUAACUCCCUCCACCAUCACAAAGACACAGAGGAGGAGGAACUAUCCAACAUCCAGGGAGAGAGAACGAGUGGCCUCAGACGAACACAGCCAGAAAGAGGAGGUGGAAGAGGUGUUAGAUAGAGGAGGAGGUUACCCCAGAGGCCAUUCCUCCUGUUCAUGUGAGCAAGAAAGAGCAGAAGGCUUCUGAUCAGCCAAAUGGCAGAUAGAGGGAGAGGUCAUAGUGAUUCACACCCACAGAGAGAAAGACAACCCACACAACCUCUUGGUUGAGAUGAACCGCACAGAGUUAGAGCAGAGGGCUUUCAGAGCUAGCCAGUCAGCCUGCCUGCUCUGAUCCUCAAGUCAAUUGUAUUUAAAUUCAUGUUCAUUAAAGAUUUUUA